AUGGGGAAAUCGUGGAGUCAGAGUGUGUGGAUUCCAAGCCCUCCAAUAACCGAGCAGAAUGUGAGAAAUCUUUAUGGAAAGGCAAGCACAUAUUACUGGCUGCUAUGUACUGCGCUCACAAUAUCCCAGGUCUUUGUGAUAACUGGGGCCAAUUCAGGCGUGGGUUUCGAGCUAGCGAAGAUCCUUUAUUCCGCAAAUGCGAAAAUCUACUUGGCUGGUAGAUCUGAAAAGCGGGUGCUAGAAGCAAUUCGACUACUCCGAGAUGAGUUCCCUUCGUCGGAGGGAACACUGCUCUGGCUAUCAUUGGACCUGGCCGAUCUAUCUUCGAUCAAAAUAGCGGUGGAAGAAUUUAUGAGCAAGGAAGAAAGGCUAGAUGUGCUUUGGAAUAAUGCAGGCGUGAUGUACACCCCUACCACUGCCAAAUCAGAGCAGGGAUAUGAUCUUCAACUAGGCACAAAUGUGCUGGGUCCUUAUCUUCUUUCUGCCUUACUAUAUCCCAUAUUGAAAAAGACUGCAGAUAUCUCCCCACGCAACUCCGUCAGAGUGUGUUGGGCCAGCUCUAUAACGAUAGAGCUGGCUCCUCAUGGUGGCAUCAACAUAGAUGAAAAUGGCUCGCCAGUGCUCUCUGAUGAUAGGCUCACUAACUACUGUGUUUCAAAGGCUGCAAACAACCUGCUUGCUUCGGAGUUUGGAAAGAAAUGUCGAGAUGGAAACGUACUCAGCGUUGUGAGUGAAUGCAAAUCGAACCUGCUCUUUUUUGGAAACAAAACACAUUCUGACACAGAAAUAUUCCAGGCUUUCAACCCGGGCAACCUGAGAACAGGAUUAACUCGUUACAUGACAUUGCCUUUUGUUGGUUUGAUAGUGCCUCAUCUCAUGAAUCUCGUUAUGUGGCCAGCCCGCUAUGGGGCCUACACGGAGCUAUAUGCGGGUCUUUCCCCUGACUUGACCCUUGAAAAACAUGUCGGUGCAUUCAUCUGGCCAUGGGGUCACGUUGGGUAUCUACGUCCGGAUAUCGAGAGUUCUUUACAUUCACAGGAAUACGGUGGGACAGGAAAAGCCGCACAGCUGUUAGCAUGGUGCGACCAAGAGACAAAAGAUUUCAUCUGA